AUGGGAAAGGGGGGAGGCGACACGUCCUGCAUAAUCCACUCCCUGGUGGCCUACGAGGAGAAGAUUCUGGCAUCCUGCUCUUCGCCUUUGAAGGAAUCGGCCUACGAUGCCCAGGUUUGCAGCGUGCUAUCGGAGAAAGUUCUGAAGAAGAUCUGCGCCCGAAUGCACAACCACAAGAAGACCUACAUCACAGAGAAGUACCAUUUCCACUACAUCAUGGAAGACGGAAUCGUCUUUAUGUGUGUUGCGCAAGCGGUUCACGGCCAGAGGCUGCCAUUCAGCUUCCUGAAGGACAUUCGAGAGAAGUGGCACUCGAAGUACCGACUACGCGAGUCGAUGCAGGCCCGACCCUACGACAUGAACCAAACGUUCCAGUCCAUCCUCAAACAGAAGAUGCUCUACUACUCGGAUGACACAACGGACAAACUUCGGGAGGUGAUGGAAAAGGUGGAGGACGUGAAGGGCACCAUGCUUAGCAACGUUGAUAAAAUAUUGGAGAGAGGCGAUGCCUUGGAACAGGUGGCGCGAAAGGCGAGGGAGAUAGAAGAGGCGGGUCAGGACUUCAAAAAAGUCACUGUUCCCUUCAAACGAAAAGCAAUGUGUAAAAAUCUGAAAGCCACUAUCUGCCUCUGUUGUCUAUGUACCAUUUUCAUCCUGGGAGCACUCUACGUCGCUGGCGUGUUCGUGUGCGGCGGCUGGACGCUGCAGAAAUGUACAAAUGCGGUCUGGAACGCGUUCUAG